GUAUAAAUAGCCCAAAUGGCUUCCCUUGGUCUGCACCACAAUUUCUUCAUCAUGGGUACCCAUAGAAUGAAGUCUGCUUGUUUACUCCUGCUGCUUGCCAUAGGCACCUGCUCUGCCUCUAGGGCACUCUGGUCUCUGGGGGAUGACCUCUAUGGCUUUGGGGGAUAUCCAGGCUAUGGCAUUGGCCAUGGCCUAGGUGCAGGUUAUGGCAGCGGCUAUGGAGGUGGCACUGGUUAUGGUGCAGGAGGAGACCACGGAGUAGGCUAUGGUAGUGGUGGCGGUGGUGGUAGUGGUGUUGGAUACGGUGCUGGAGCUGACCAUGGAAUUGGAUUUGGCAGCGGUGGGGGUUCUGGUGGUGGCGUCGGUUACGGGGCUGGAGGUGAUCAUGGGCUAGGGUUUGGUAGCGGUGGCGGUGGUGGUAGUGGUGUUGGUUAUGGUGCUGGUGGAGACCACGGAGUGGGUUAUGGUGGCGGUGGCGGUAGUGGGGGUGGUGUUGGAUAUGGUGCUGGCGGAGAACAUGGUGUUGGUUAUGGUACCGGUGGCGGUGGGGGUACUGGUGUUGGAUAUGGCGCUGGAGGAGACCACGGAAUUGGUUAUGGCAGUGGCGGUGGAGGUGGCGUUGGAUAUGGUGCUGGAGGUGAACAUGGUGGUGGCUAUGGUGCUGGCGGCGGCAGUGGCCAUGGUGUUGGAUAUGGAGCCGGAGGAGACCAUGGUAUAGGUUACGGUAGUGGUGGCGGUGGGGGUGCAGGAGUCGGGUAUGGAGCUGGAGGAGAUCAUGGUGGUGGGUACGGCGAUGAGGGUGAGCAUGGAGGUGGGGAUCAUGGUGGUGGUUACGGCGGUGGAAGCGAGCAUGAAGGUGGUUAUGGUGCUGGCGGAGAUCAUGGCGGUGGCUAUGGCGGCGGAGGAGAGCAUGGAGGUGGUUAUGGUGCUGGUGGGGAUCAUGGUGGUGGAUAUGGUGCUGGAGGCGAGCAUGGUGGCGGAUAUGGUGCUGGAGGCGAGCAUGGUGGUGGCUAUGGCGGCGGAGGAGAGCAUGAAGGUGGCUAUGGUACUGGAGGCGAGCAUGGUGGUGGCUAUGGUGCUGGAGGCGAGCAUGGUGGAAGCUAUGGUGCUGGUGGAGAUCAUGGAGGUGGCUACGGUGGUGGCGAUGAGCAUGGAGGUGGCUAUGGUGGUGGAGGGGAUCAUGGCAGCGGUUAUGGUGGCGGAGCAGAGCAUGGGGGAGGUUAUGGUGGUGGAGGAGACCACAGCGGCGGCUAUGGGGGCGAUCAUGGUGGCAGUUAUGGUGGUGGAGGAGAGCAUGGAGGGGGCUAUGGUGGUGGAGGAGAGCAUGGAGGGGGCUAUGGUGCUGGAGGGGAUCAUGGUGGUGGGUACGGCGGCGGAGGAGAGCAUGGAGGCGGUUAUGGUCAUGGUGCUGGUGGUGAUUCUGGCUAUGGUGGCGGAGGUGAGCACGGUGGCAGUGGGGGGUAUGGUGGCGGCUACAAGCAUUAGGAAAGGGCUCGUCAAAUCCAAUCUUCUAGUGUCAUCUCCUAAACGCUCUGAUUUGGUUGCAGAUCGUCGAAGUCCGUCCCAAUAAAGUUCCAAGUGUUUUCUUUAUUGUCUGUGACUGAAAUUGUCCAUGUCAUUUCAAAGUCUCUAUUUAACAAGCUCUUGUGAUGUAAUGCAAGCUAUGGAGUUCUAUGAUAUAAGCAAGUUUAGUUUUUCUGCA